CGUGAAAAAAAUAACAAGACGAAGAUAGUGUAGUGUAGUGAACUUAUACGUGAAACAGUAAAAUAUUUUUGUGUACAUAUGAGAACGACAGAUAAUUCAAAAAUGCCUCUGUACGACAAGGAAGCUGAUCCACUUCAUGAAGCAUGUAUUAAUGGCACGCUUGAAUCAGUUAAGAAAAUGGUGGGUUCAAAAAAAUUUCCUGUUGACUGUGAGGCAAAUUGCUACCCGUACAUUACUCCUUUGGGUUUAGUCACGUCGAAAUUAUAUUCUUUUGAGAUUAAUUACCACCAGGAGUCCGUACUUGUAUCUGAUUAUGAAGAAAAAAUCAAAUUUCUAUUGAAAAAAGGUGCAAAUUACGAGGAGUGGAUAAAAGCGUACGGAUUCAUAACUAACGUGGCUGAAGUGAUACUGAGAGAAGGAAAUAAAAAUAUGUUCAAUUUGAUGGUGAAUUACCUUAGAGACAUCAACAUGCAACACGGAAUCUCGACAGAUACAGCACUUCAUAUUGCUAUCGAAAGAGGAUUUUACAAGACAACGAGAAAAAUAUUGUCAGUGAAUAAGGCCGAUGUCAAUAGACGCAACAACGAAUACAAAGAAACCCCACUUCAUCGUGCUGUAUAUUGGCACAGGUUAAAAUUCAUAAAUUUACUUAUCGAGCAUGGGGGAAACAUGAAAAUUACAGAUGCGCAGGGGAGAACUCCUCUACAUUGUGCUUGUCACUGUGUUCAUAAUAAAGACUCUAAAAAGAUCAUUGAGAAAUGUAUGGAAUAUAACUCUUUAUAUUCUAGAACCACCCAUAUGGGUUAUACUCCUAUGCACACAUUAAUCUCUCGGUCGAAAGAAACAACAGAGGAGGCUGCAGAAGUGGUGGAGCUUUUCCUAGAAAGAGGAUUUGAUUUGGAGACCAAGGAUUUCCGCGGAUGCACACCACUGUAUCUAAGCUUGAAAAGAGACGUUGAGCCAAUGGCUUUAUUACUUCUAAGACACGGUGCUCAUCUUGAUAUAACUGCAGACUAUGCUAUUCAUUUUCUCUUACCUCAUAUUGUAAGCACGGAAGAAUUGAACGAAAUGAGCAGGACUAUCCUAAAAUUUAUUGCCUUGGAAGUUUCAAAGGGGGCUGCAAUGCACGAAAGUCUAGGGGAGAUCUUGAGAGAACGAAAGGACGCAAGCACUUACUUGAAAAUGUGUUAUCAAGAAAUUGAGAUCCUCAAAUCUAUCAAAAUUGAGAAUACAUUCAUCACUUAUUGGAAACUUCUGACUAGAAGUAUAAAACAAGUAGGAAUGUACGCCGAUAACUAUUAUAUCGCUGAAGCAAUGAGGACAUUCGAAAUAAGCUCAUAUCCAAUUUAUGGCCCAGACAUUCAUUACAAGUAUGCGAAAGGACAAAGGAGGUUGGAAUUGAUGAAUGCAUGUGCAGACAGUUUGAACAGAAUGUGGGAAUGGAAAUUACCAUCAGUUUUCGUGAAUAUGGUAAUUGAUCGUCUCACAAUUCCUGAUAUGGAGAAUAUACCAAUAUCCGAAGAACAACAAGAAUUCAGGCCUAAUAGAUCAACUGUGGACGCAAUAUUCAUAGUUCGUCAGUUAGUGCAAAAGUCGAUAGAGUUCAAUAAACCCAUGUCUGUCUGUUUUGUGGACUUCACCAAAGCAUUUGAUAGGAUACGCCUAAGCGACGUAAUAAGGAGUCUUGAGAAAAACAACAUAGACUAUAAGUACCAAAGAAUCAUUAAAGAACUUUAUAGAGGAACCAGAACAAGAAUUAAAACUAAGGAAGGACUCUCUGAAGUACUUCAAAUCAAUGCUGGUAUUCGACAGGGAGACAGUCUCAGCCCAACUCUAUUCAACAUCAUAAUAGACCAAAUUGUAGAGGAUGUCAACAGAGUCAAUGCAGGAUACUGA